ACAGCAGCUCACCCAGACCAGCAGGUGUCGCUGUAGCGCAGGAGAGCUCAACAUCAAACCGUGUUGUUGGCGGAAGUAUAUCAUACGUCUGGCCAUUUGACUGUGAUUACCACGCUUACUACAGCCUGUGUGUUUUAAAAUAAUCAAAAUGGGUAAAAAGGGAAAAAAGGGUAAAAAUGAAAAGAAAGUGAAAGGAGCGGAGAAAACCGCCGCCAAAAUGGAGAAGAAGGUGUCAAAAAGAUCGAAAAAAGAGGAGGAGGAUUUAGAGGCUUUAAUAGCAGAAUUUCAGUCCCUGGACGCCAAAAAGACUCAGGUGAUCGAGACGGCGUGUGCCCCUCCGUCUCCCAGGUUGAACGCCUCUCUGUGUGCGCACCCGGAAAAAGACGAGCUGAUUUUAUUUGGAGGGGAAUUUUUCAAUGGGAAGAAAACUUUUCUGUACAAUGAAUUAUUCUUCUACAACAUUAAGAAGAACACCUGGGUGAAGGUAGAGAUCCCGAACCCUCCUCCAAGACGCUGCGCUCAACAGGCAGUGGUAGUUCCCCAGGGCGGGGGGCAGAUUUGGAUAUUUGGGGGGGAGUUUGCGUCCCCUGACGGUGAGCAGUUCUAUCGCUAUAAAGAUCUGUGGGUGCUUCACCUGGGAACACGCACAUGGGAGCAAAUCAAAGCUCCUGGUGCUCCUUCUGGCAGGAGUGGACAUCGCAUGGUCCUGAGCAAACGUCAGCUGCUUUUGUUUGGUGGUUUUCAUGAGAACUCCAGGGAUUAUAUCUUUUACAAUGAUGUUUAUGCAUUUAACCUGGACACAUUCACAUGGAGCCGUCUCCAGCCCACAGGAACUGGCCCCUGUCCACGUUCAGCCUGUCAAAUGACCACCACUCCAGACGGCAACGGCGUCAUCAUCUAUGGCGGAUAUUCCAUAUCUAGAGUGAAGAAGGAUGUGGAUAAAGGAACCAUCCAUUCUGACAUGUUCCUGCUGAGGAGGGAAGGCAAAGAGGAGCAAGAAAAGUGGACAUGGACACGGGUGAACCCUGCAGGAGUGAAGCCCCCUCCUCGUUCCGGCUUCUCGCUGGCUGUGGGCCCCGGGGGCCGAGCGCUCCUCUUCGGUGGCGUUUGUGAUGAGGAAGAUGAUGAGUCUUUGGAAGGAGACUUCUUUAAUGACCUUUACUUUUAUGAUAUCAACAAAAACCGGUGGUUUCCUGCCCAGCUAAAGGGCAACAAGUCAGAAAAGAAGAAGAGGCGCCGUGGGAUGAAGGGAGAACAGACAAAUGAAACUGAAGAGGACAAAGAGAAGGCACAGGGUCCCACCGAGAUUGUUAAAGAGAUUGUCGCCGAGGACGGAACAGUUAUGACCAUCAAGGAAGUGAUUCCAGCUGCACGGGCAGAGGAGGACAUUGAGGACGAGGAGGAGGACGAGGAGGAGGAUGACGAAGAGGUGGAGGCGGGUGCAGUGGCUUCCCUGGUGGAGCCUUGUCCUCGCUCUAGCGCCAUGGCAACAGUAAAGCACGGCAAGUUCUACUUGUACGGCGGAAUGUUUGAGGUGGGAGAUCGACAGUUCACCCUCAGCGAUCUCUACUGCCUGGACCUGCAUAAGAUGGACCAUUGGGACGUUCUAGUGGAAAUGGACCCCAAGACGCAGGAGUGGCUGGAAGAAUCAGAAGAUGAUGAUGAAGAUGAAGAUGAGGAGGCAAAGGGAGGUGAUGAUGAGGAAGACGAUGAGGAAGAGGAGGAAUCUGAAGAGGAGAGUGAAGAAGAUGCGGACCAUCCGCCAGUAAAGCCUGGAGAAGCACUUGUGGAUUAUCAAACGCGGACUGAGAAGUACUGGCUGGGUCUCGCCCGAGCAAACAUGGGUCCUGAUGCCAAAGAGAAGAAAGUACAAAAGGUCGGCCACGCCAUGGCCAAGGUGUUCUUUGAGGAUCAGGAAUGAGAUUAAACGUGUGUGUGUGUGUGUGUGUGUGUGUGUGUGUGUAUGCGUGUGUGUGCACUAAGAUAAUUAAAGGGUUUGUUUGUGAAAGAGAAUGUAUAUGUGUUAUUAUAUGUGUAUGUGAGAAAGUGCACAAAAAAGAAUGAACGGAUGUGUGUUUGGGUUUUAAAAGCAGCUAAAGCAUGUUCUUCUGACUUUAAUGUACAAAAACACGGCCUUUCUCUUUUUUCAACAUUUUGUCCAUGUACUUUUUUACAACAAAAAAUGAAUAUCCUUCAAAGUUUCUGAACACAUUUGGAAGCCAUUUUUAGGUCGUGACCACUGCUGUAAAUCAUACUAAGCAAAUAUUCAUUUUUGAUCAAUUUUGAUCAAAAUAUUUCAUUCAUUUUGUCAUUUAGCAUAGGCAAACAGAAUUUUUUAACUAAUUUUGAUGGUUUAUUUUUAAUAUAGAAGCAAUUAUUAAAGGCAAAAUUAUAAAUUGACUCCCUCAACAUGAAGUAUGUUUGUUAAAAGUAAUCAUGCAAAAUAGUAAUUUGAACCAGGGAUAUCAUAAAGAUUAUUUAUGAUCUUGC